AUGGAAGAGCUUGGUGUGUUCAAACGCAUCCGAAGCUAUUUUGAAAGAGGUGGCGCGAAAGAGGAUAGAAAUUCGAUAGUCAGUGGAAACGUGAUCCAGCAGUGCUACACGAUGCUAUCCCAAAUGGUACAACGGGAUCCGGCCUAUUAUGCUGUUCUGGUCGCAUGCAGACCGGAUCAACACUGUAAACUCAUUCAUCGCCCAGGUCAAGAUCAACAAACCGCGGUUUUUCAAAGUGACGAUGUUGGAUUCGGUGUCCCAAUCGACUGUGUCAAGUCACUGGUCCAAGGAGAAGGUACAAGCGAUAUCCAGAGUACUGUUGUCUUCCCAACCAGUGAGACUGCACAAAAGAUCCGACUGGUUCCAGGAUUUCAUCGCCAAUUGAACUCAUGGCUACAGACCUCAUUGGAGUUGAAGUAUGGAAAAGGAUACAAUGUAUUUGGUGAAGCUCGGGACAUUCUGGUACAGCCAGGAGAUUUAGUUAUCUGUCUUCCGCAAAUUCUCCGAUGGCCAGCGACCUUUUCCUCCUCAAACUUUCUCAAUCUGUCACAGAUUGGACUGGGCGACAAAUUAUCUACAAGCCGCGAAAGUCUCAAUGCGAGGUACGAUACAAAUAACUCCAACAAGGCCUGGCAGCCAGAACCGCAGUUUCGAGAUACUGAAAGCACAGGGGGCGAAGAUCAUGCGGCAAAACUGGGCCUUAACGAGGAAGGUUGGUGUAACUCCUCCAGUGCCAUAGGCCAGGCAUUGACAGGUCGUCUUGAUUGGGGUAGCGACAGAGCGAGCAAAGAAAAGAACUGUGUUCUUGGUUCCCAUGGAGCAGCAGCAGUUGAACUUGUUACGAAGUCACGAGCACAGUUGGCGAACCAGUUUCACAAGCUCUGUGAUUCGAUUGACUCAAAUAUGGACACUGAUUGCGGAUUGGACGGGUGGAAGGAACAACACGAUGAACUAGAAUUCCAAGACCACAGUGAACAUCUUCACACCCCCGAGUCCUUCAUCAAUCCUUUAACCUCAAACUCACCUACGUGGAACAAUCCUUCUCUGGAUGAUAUGGUAGCGGACUUGGACAAUACGUUUUCUCAAAUGCCCAUGUCUUUCGAUUUAACUUGA